AUGUCGGACUCUACAGUUCAGACAGAUCAGAAGCCAAAGACGGUUGGAGCGAGUACACGAGCCCCGAAGCCUGCUGGAUUCACAUGGGACAAGAAUCAAAUCGACACAGGCUGCAUAUCACCUGGAAGAUCGCCCGAAGCCCUACAAACACCAAAUGAUUCGACCAAAUACAUGAGACACCCCUCGCCUGAAAGCUCAUCGUAUUUGCCGCCCCGUAUACAUUCCCCCGCAUCUCAGAUAUUCGAACGAGAUGUGCAGGAAGAUAUAGUGCCAGCACAGGCGUCGCCUUCAAUACCCGCGCAUAUUCGGACCGAGAACUAUAUUCCACCUGUCCUGGAAGCAUCCUCGGCCGCGAUCACAGAUGACCGCCUCGAUCCAGAUUCGGUCGAGAUUGUCACGCAUAGCCUACAUCAGUCAGCGGGCGGUGCAUCGGGGGAGCAAUCGAUGUCAUCAUCAGGCAUCGAUCAUCUCUUGGGCCAGGCCGAUGCAGAUGAGCUCUCGUCCAGUUAUGGAGCACUGGACACGACAGAUGUACGUCGGCUGAGCUUUAUUUCCUUUGCCGAUGUUGUCAACGCCGAGCAUGCAGAAACAAAUGAAGCCCAUCCUGGCGUAAUAUCUCGGGAGCGCCUAGGAGAUCUCAAUCAGUCCCCGUCUCCAUUGCGCUCUCCACCUUCUUCGCAUGGACUUGGCACUUCCCCGCCAACAAGCAUUGCGACCUCCUUCAGAGGGUCUGAUAUGUCUCCCACUCGGUUCGCUACUGCCAGUACUACCCAAAGUCCAGUCUCUUCCAGUUUUGGGGGAGAUCUUAAUGUAGAAACUAUGCGACAGGCUUUGAGAAAGACUGCCAGUGGAGACUUGGCCGUUACAAGCCAGGCCGUGAGUAUCAUAGGAGAUGACCCGCUAGACCGUACGUUUUAG